AUGUUAGGCUCUGACUCAUAUUCUGCGUCUCAGUUCUUUAACUGCCGCUUACUGACUAAAGUACCAACAGGAAGGACUGAAGAACACAAUUCCUGGUUGCCAAUUCACAGAACUGGCUCUGCUCGCACAGAAGGGUUCUACAAAAUCAGCUGGAAAGAUAAAAUGAAAUACCUCAGAAACACAAAGCCUGCAAUCGACCUGCCGUCUACAGACCCUCAGGGAAUAUGCAUCCCAUCCCAGCAAUCCUUUUCCCAGAGAGCCGGAUCUGACUUUAGGUCUGAACAGCGCCGCCUGCUGUCCUCAUUCAGCUGUGACAGUGACUUAGUCAAGUUCAACCAGCUAAAGUUUCGAAAGAAGAGGAUUCGUUUCAGCCGCAGCCACAUUCAUGAGUGGGGUUUGUUCGCAAUGGAGCCCAUAGCAGCAGAUGAAAUGGUGAUUGAGUAUGUGGGCCAAAUCAUCAGACAGGUCAUCGCUGACAUGAGGGAGCAGAGAUACGAAGAGGAGGGCAUUGGCAGUAGUUACCUGUUUCGCAUUGAUCAGGACACCAUCAUUGAUGCCACUAAAUGUGGGAACUUGGCCCGGUUCAUCAACCACAGUUGCAAUCCUAACUGCUAUGCAAAGAUCAUCACUGUGGACUCCCAGAAGAAGAUAGUCAUAUACUCCCGGCAGCCAAUAGCCAUCAAUGAGGAGAUUACAUAUGACUACAAAUUCCCCAUUGAGGACAUAAAGAUUCCUUGUUUGUGUGGGACAGAUAGUUGCAGAGGUUCCCUGAACUGA